AUGCAGUUCCAUCAUCAGUAUAGAGCACUGCCUCCACCGAGGCCAGUUAGACAGUUCACACAACUUGGGAUGCCACUGAGCCGAGCUUUUCAGAGAUUGGUUGAGGGGGGACUGAUUGCCCCACUACCGCCAAGACCACCACUACAGCCUACCCCCCUAGGAUUCAGGACAGAUCUUCACUGUGCCUACCAUCAGAGAGCAGGCCAUGAUACAGACAGUUGUUCAGCACUGAGACAUGCCAUUCAGGAUUUGAUAGAUCAGGGCUUGGUUGAUUUGGGGCGCCCGGCUGUGGCCACAGACCCGCUACCUACUCAUGACACUAGAGCAGUACCUCCACCCCCGGAAGGGGUACAUUUGAUUGAGUUUGCAGGGGAUGAGAUAUUUAUGAUGGGUUGGGAUGGAGAGGCUCCUCAGCCGAUCAGUCUAUAUGAGGAGUCAGAUUUUGUUGGAUAUAUACCUAGACAGCAGAUCCCCAAGCCAUUCAGUUUGACCCCGGACGAGAUUUAUGGGCCACCUCCAGUAUCACUGGUAUACUUACAACAUGUGCCACCUAUGACACCCUUCAUUCCGUUCCCAGAGGAAUAUAGGCCCCCUCAUAGAGAUGUUCAGAUCGUUACACGGAGUGGAAGGGUAGCACAACCUCCACUCGUUGACAGGCCAUUUGCAGGUAUAACUGCCAGAGAGGAGGUUCAGAGGGAAGAUGAUGAGAUAUUACGCCAGCUGCGUACUACUCAAGCUCGCAUAUCUAUUUGGAGCCUUUUGGCCUCAUCUAGUACACAUAGAGAUGCAUUGGUCAGAGCCCUUGGCCAGAUUAGGGUUGACACUGCUACUACCCCAGAGGGGCUUAUUCACAUGUUGACAGCUGAUAGAGCUACAUGCAUAGUGUUUUCUGAUGAUGACUUGCCACCAGAGGGAUCAAAUCAUGUUCGACCCUUAUUCAUUGAUGUUGUUUGUUCAGGCCGUCGGGUGCCGUCUGUUCUGCUGGACAAUGGUUCUGCCCUGAACGUCUGUCCAUUGGUUACUGCUAUUGCACUUGGGUUUUCGCCAGCCGAUUUUGGGGCUUCUACACAAAUUGUUCGAGCUUAUGAUGGGACACUGAGGACAGUUAUGGGUACACUCAGUACACAUGUCAUGAUCGGGCCAAUUAGUUACUCCAUAGUAUUUCAGGUUUUAAGGAUUCAGUCAUCCUUUAACCUGCUUCUUGGUCGCCCAUGGAUUCAUGAGGCUAGUGCUAUACCAUCUUCCCUCCAUCAGAAGGUUGUUAGCUUAGAGGAUGGCAGCAGAGAUAUGGUACCUAUGUCGUUCGACCAGCACAGUAGCACUUUGGUGCUUAGCAUGAUGAGAGGCAUGUCUUAUUUGCCUGGUAUGGGAUUGGGUCGUCGCCAACAGGGGCCCCACAAGUUUACUUUCACAGUUGAUCACGACGCGCCCUACGGAUUAGGUUACAUCCCCACAGAGGCUGAUGCACGUUAUAUGUCACAACUGCGCAGGGAUAGGGUGAGGGCUCGCAUGUCUGGCAUUCCAUUUGAUUAUCCCCUCCGCCCAUACACCUUCCAGUUGGCCGACUACUUCAUUAGGGGUUUAGAGCAUACACUUCGCACAGAGGGGACUGUUCACAUUCCAGAGACAGUUGAGAUUUAG